GGGAGGAGGCGGUGCGUGCCUCGCCUGCCAAAGGGAGCCCUGUUCCUCUGCGUGCGAGCACGGGUUCCCCGCGCGUGGCCACCGCGCACCGGCCCAGCCGCCGCCGGAGAGCGCGGGCAGCAGGGGGGGGGUGCUCCGCGGCCGGCGGCGCAGCCCUGCCUUCGGGAGACCCUCCGCCUCCGGCCGGACGCCGCUCUCCGCCCCGAGGCGGGCCCGGGGUGGCUGCGGCUGCCGGGGACCGCGGCGGGGAGGGAGGACGCUCUUCUGUGCCGUGGAUGUUCCGCCCGCGGAAGACAGCAAGUUGUGCGCGCGCCCCGGCCGCCGCCCGCCGUCCGCCCGCCGUGGACCAUCAUCCUUACUACAGAGGAUGGGAAGUUGAUGGCCAGUAAGACUGAAGAUUCCCUGUGUUGCUAGACGUGUUACAGAACGUGGAUUGCCUGCCAUUCCCUGGUGGUCUCACGCCUUCACUCACUCCUGCAGUCCCAGAGUAGUUACUUUGGGUCCUCGCUGCCCUAUCUGUUGAAAAGAUGGCAUCCAGCCUGACUUGUACUGGGGUGAUCUGGGCUUUGCUCUCCUUUCUUUGUGCUGCCACCUCCUGUGUGGGGUUCUUUAUGCCUUACUGGCUCUGGGGAUCACAGCUGGGCAAGCCUGUGUCCUUCGGUACUUUCCGGAGAUGCUCCUACCCUGUGCAUGAUGAAAGCCGGCAGAUGAUGGUGAUGGUGGAGGAAUGUGGGCGCUAUGCCUCCUUCCAGGGCAUCCCCAGUGCAGAAUGGAGGAUCUGUACCGUCGUGACAGGCCUGGGUUGUGGCCUCCUCCUCUUGGUGGCUCUCACCGCCCUCAUGGGUUGCUGUGUGUCAGAGCUCAUCUCCAGGACAGUGGGAAGAGUGGCCGGAGGAAUUCAGUUUCUGGGAGGCUUGUUGAUCGGUGCUGGCUGUGCCCUCUACCCCUUGGGCUGGGACAGCGAGGAAGUCCGUCAGACUUGUGGCUAUGUCUCUGGCCAGUUUGACCUGGGUAAGUGUGAGAUCGGCUGGGCGUACUAUUGCACGGGAGCGGGUGCUGCUUCUGCCAUGCUGCUGUGCACAUGGCUGGCCUGCUUCUCGGGCAAGAAACAGAAGCAGUACCCCUACUGAGACGGAGCCACCAAGCGCAGAGAGAGGAGAAGACAGGCCGGAGGGGCCCGGAGAGACUGAAAUGUCCAGCUACCUUCGAAAAGUGGAAUAGUGGUUCUCAUCCAUACAGUGCUUAUGAAACGAAACCCAGUGGAAUGAUAAACAUUAUGUGACGUCAAAGGGUGGUGCAAGCUUUGCAAAAGAAACGGAGAACCUGGAAUCACACAGAAAAAUGGACCAAAGGCUAAAAAUAGUGCAGGGUGUUGAGUGUUUCUAUUCCACAGAGUAUCAUUAACGUAGAUCACAUACACACACAGAACAAACCUAUAUAUGCAAGCAAGAGUUUGGGUGGGUUUUUUUUUGUUUUGUUUUGGGUUUUGUUGUUUUUUUUUUUUUUUUGGUAAGAUGAGGACUCAGAGAAUCAAAAGGGCUAGUAGAAACAGUAUUAUGUUGGGAAGCAGGGUAACCCACAGACGUUCCCUGUAGGUCAUGGCGCUUCUGAAAGCACACACAGACAUACACAUCCACACACACACCCACGCCCAAACCUACACAUUGUUGCACAGACUGUAUGGGAGGUUGAGUCGUGCAUUACUCCUCUGUUUUCUUUUUAAUACACCCUUAAAAUGCAGUAUUAUCACUUUAUAAAGCAUACACGAAACCUAAUAAAUGGACCAAUAAGCCACUCUAUCAGUAUUUUAUAUAUCCUGCAUAACCUCUUUGUGCCCUCAACCUGUUUUCAGUGUUUAUACAGACCUUUAGAGUUAAGCCUUUGUAUUUCAAUAUUAUUCAAAAAUAUGCAAGAUUUCUUUGAGUAGCUUCUGCGAUGAUAUUCUUAUGAACUAAAGGGGCAACUUCCUAUCCACUGUAGGAGAGAAUUCAGUUGAAGGUAUGAGCAUAAUGAGAGACAUUUUCCAGUCAUUAGAUCUUGUUUUCUUUUGUCCAUUAUUGUACUGUGCUGUACCAUGUUUAUUUCAAUAUUCAUUUUGUAUAAAAAAAUUUUUAAGUGCUAUUUUGUUGGUAUUUGGAAAACUCUGUGAAUAAAUUCUCUUUGAUCAAUA